GUCAGAAUUUCUGCAUGUGGCCCUUUCUCUCUGUUAUCUGCUUGUGUCUUCAUGUCAGUUUCUCGGAGUAUCUCUUAUGUGGACACUAUUACUGGGUAUAGGUUCUGUAUGGUCAGUCUUGAGGAGGUCAUCUUCUCAAGACAACUAUAACUUAAUUCUAUCUUCAGACCCUUUUUUGCAAGUUAAUAGUCACAGGUUCUAGCAGUCUGGAUGUGGUUGCAGCCGUUUUACAGGGGGCCAUUUACAGGGUGGGGGAAACAGAAGCAGAGUGGAACAGACCAGCAGGUCAGGCGGGGAGCCUUUUCUUUGGACUUUUCAAAGGUUUUCUGGGCUUGUCAUCACCUGAGGCUGUACAGUCUGUUUGGGGCUCACUUGGGUCUCACCUCCACUACAAUCUUCUCUGCUUUUACAGAUCCAGACAAAACUUGGAGGCCCAUCCUCACCUCUCUAUGAAACCCCCACUGCACCAAACACACUGUUCGCACAAAGCACCACCCACUUCCUAAGUGCUUAGUGCAGCUCAGCCUCCCUGUCACUCAAAUCCUUUCCUGCUUAUCUGCUUCCUACUUUCUGGGGCCCUUCAAGAUUCUGGCUUCCUCUUCUUUCCCCUAAUUCAACUCUCACUUUACUAUGCAAUGGAAUUUAAUUCUCUUUCCAUUUAUUCUGCCCCAGGCUUACUUUUGCAUAGCCAAAGACUCAUUAAUGUCUCCAAAACAUCCAAAAAAACAAAACUCAAUUAUAUAUUGAAUUAAAAAGGAACCUGAACCAAGCCAUCAGUUAAUCUUAUUGGCUGACUUCAGUCAACUGAAAUAACUAUGGCUCAAGAUGGUACUUUAACGUCAGAGUCAAUCUUUUUAACCCUUGUCUGACUCAGGAGAGUCACACCUCACGGCUCUGGGAUACCUGCUCCACGCCCCUUCCCGACAUGUAAUAAGAGGAGAACCACAUCACCAAUGACAACGUCUUCAGGCUACUUACUGGGUCAAGCAACGUCAAAACUUUUUACUCGGGUCUUCCGGUUAAUUCCUCGUAAACUCCGAAGAAGGUGCUGGCUCCGCUCUACAGAAGCGGUUGAAGGUCUGGCUUCUGUUUCUUGCACACCUGCCCUGGCCUAGCUCCUACUGCACCCGGAGUCACCAUGCACGGUCUCCGUGCAUCUCAAGGUAAACCCUUGAAGUCGAAGGUCACGGGUGGUAAGCUUGUCAAACUGCUCGGUCUCAGGACUUCCAAGAACCGCACCGAGAGCGAGCUUUCUCCGAGGCGAGGUUUGGCAGCGAGCACAGAGCAAUGCUACUGCCCUACACGUCGCGGUCCGGAUGGGGACCUUGCGCCUGUCUGAUGUCGGAACCUUUCUCCACGCGCCGCAGUACCCGGGCGGAGAGCGGAACCUUUCUUCUCUCGUCGCAGUUGCCGGGAGGAGGCGUGCGUGAUCGGAACGGUCCUCCAGCGGCCGCUUUUGCACUGGGGUCGCUGGCUGCUGACGUGGGCGGGCCGGCUUUUAGCCGUGGGUGCGGGUCGCUAUGGCGGUGGACAUCACGCUGCUGUUCCGGGCUAGUGUCAAGACGGUGAAGACGCGUAAUAAGGCGCUGGGAGUGGCGGUGGGCGGCGGGCCCGAGGGCAGCCGCGACGAGCUGUUCCGCCGGAGCCCUCGGCCUAAGGGCGACUUCUCCAGCCGGGCCCGCGAAGUGAUUUCUCACAUUGGGAAGCUGAGAGAUUUUCUUCUGGAACAUAGGAAGGAUUAUAUUAAUGCUUAUAGCCAUGUCAUGUCUGAGUACGGGAGGAUGACAGAUGCAGAGCGAGACCAGAUUGACCAGGAUGCUCAGAUAUUCAUGAGGACCUGUUCAGAAGCAAUUCAGCAACUCAGAACAGAAGCCCACAAGGACAUCCAUUCCCAGCAAGUGAAGGAGCACAGGACCGCCGUUUUGGACUUCAUUGAAGAUUACCUAAAAAGAGUGUGCAAGCUUUACUCAGAACAAAGAGCCAUCCGAGUUAAACGAGUGGUGGAUAAGAAGAGACUGGUGUGGAAGGGGGGGAUAAAAAGGGGAGGGGCAGGCAUAGGCCCGUGCACUGAUCCAAGCUGGAGCCAGAGCCAAAGACAAAGACAAAAGAAUCCGCCUCUGAGAAAGUCUCACCUAACACCUCUCAGGACCCUGAGGAAAAGCCUGCUGCUGCUGAAUUUCCAGAAAAGCCUUUGUCCGAAGCACAGACUGAACUGGGAACCUGGGGAGAUGGCAAGGGUGAAGAUGAGCUGUCUCCAGAAGAAAUCCAAAUGGCAAAUCGAAGGGAAAGUCGUUGAAAUUUCCAGACUCCAAGAGAUCUUCACCGAAAAGGUUUUGCAACAGGAAACUGAGAUCGACAGCAUUCACCAGUUAGUUGUGGGGGCAACUGAAAACAUCAAGGAGGGCAACGAAGACAUACGGGAGGCCAUCAAGAACAACGCCGGUUUCCGGGUGUGGAUCCUCUUCUUCCUGGUCAUGUGCUCCUUCUCCUUGCUCUUCCUCGACUGGUAUGACAGCUAGCCCGCCCCGUGCCACAGCAUGCAGUCUGCCCCGGCGCCUGAUACACCAGGUGCCAGCACGUCUCUGGUACCAGAGUGCUGUGGCUGGUUUGUCAGGGAGCUGUGUGAAGGCAAGGGGCUUGGAAGAGAAUGAGCUCAAAGGGCUCCCAGGCCACCAUUUGGAGCCACAAGGACAUGAAAGUCCACAGUUUGAAAGUAGCCCUGGUGUUCCCCCGGGGCAGAGGAUGCAGGGGUGAGGUGGUCAGGAGCUGUGCCUCAGCCAGGAGCCACCAGCAUGGCAGGAGCUGAACAGCAUAGGCACAGCGUACCUCCUGCCCCACCCACCCUGCAAUGCUCGGGCCUCAAGUUGCCUUUCCCACCCCAGAAGCUUCAGGGAAGAACAUGCCUGAUGUUUCUCAAGUCGCUGGUUCCUGUUGUAGCUUCUAAUGUGUGCCUGAGUCAAUGAUACAUGGCACUGUUACAGGAGACAAAAUUCACAUUUGCCUUGUCAAGCUAAUAAACGCAGUUAUGCCCUUUAUCAGUCUCCUUUGAGAAGCCCUGGCCACCAUGUGGCUAGUGGGCAGACUCUGGCAGCCUCCGCCAGGCCUCACUACAGCCCUGACUCCCAGCAUGUGAAUGGCAGGCCGAUGGGCAUGUGAGCCUGGUUUCCUGCCACUGCCUCCCAGAAGCCUGUGUUCAAAGAAGGGCGUAGUUCUCAGAAGAAAGGGCCUACCUCCCUUGUACUGCCCACUUGCCCUCUGGGAAGAGGCCUGGGAAUUGCCUAUUAAGAGCUGGAAGUGUGCAUGACCCAAAUCUAUGCACAGCAUCCUGGUGUCCAGUGGGCGUGGGCCGGUUCACAGGAUUCCUGGUGAAAGGCGUGUGUACAGACAGUCCAGUGUGCAGCUCAGGUUCCCUCAAGUUCUUUAUUUGAAGACUGAACGUGAGAAGUUACAUGGGAAUGAAUUUACAGUCAGUAAAGUACAUGUCUACUAGAACACAAACGGGGCUGGCCAUGCUGUGCACACAUGGCUCCGUGGUCGGAAUCAAAUGCAUGACAGGUUUUGGCACACGUUUAUUGCUCUGUGCGUCCCUCACGGCUUCUCAGUGCCCUCACAGCACAUGCCCACGUAACGCCACCCAUUGUGCUGAGCUCACAGACUUUCUUUCCAAGAACCCUUGAUAAUAGAGUUUAUGUCUUGGAAACACAUCUCGGGGAACAGCAGUGGGCGGACCCUGGUCACCCUGCUUAUUGGCAACAGACAUCACACAAUUUGCCAUCUACUUCUGAUCUACUGAAAACGUGAGACUUCCGACACGUCCACCAGAAACAACACAGAGCAGGGAACAGACAACCGAAUCGUUUUUCUCUAUUUAAUCAUCGUACACACUUGCUUAUCUAAUUGGUAACUGUAAACCAAUAUAUUUUAGUGUCAAGAUUCAGAUUGAAACAUACUUUUCUUACAAAGAUUGUGGACUGAGACAUUCUAUUUUCAAGGUGCCACACCAGCCCCCCUACCAGCCAUCCUGCCCACUCCCCACAUCACAGGAGUCACAUCUGUUCACAGAAUAACAGUUAAAAUAGCCCUGGCUUGCCAGCAAUUACAUUUCACUUUGCCCACCCAGCUAAGAACAUGAAGAAAUGAAAAGGAACUGCAUCCAGGGCUCUACGUGCAAACAUGUUCCUGACAGGCGGGAAAGGGGCUGUUUCCUAUAGAGCACACCAGCAGACAGCCCACCCCCAGGAGGGCGGGCUCUGCAGCCCCUGGCCCAGA